CGCCACUGCCAGACCAACAAGCGGAGAUCGAUCGCGUUAGCGCGCUCACUCUCUUUUGGCCAACACACACGGGGCCCCACCAGUUAACAGUUGUACACACACACACGCACGCACACACGCGUAGUACAUGUAUUUUAGUAUUGUAGAAAAUACCAACAUCUCCAGCUUAAUGCGCGUUCGUUUCGGGUCUCUUCCUCAAAGCAGAACACAAAAAAUAAAAUAAAACAAAACAAAAAGUGGCUUUCAGUGUGCUAUUCCUACUAAAUAGAAAAAAAGUGCUUGCCUAGGCAGAAAAAAGUUUUUUCUUUUCAAUAAUAAUACACUAUAAAAGCGGGCUAAAUACAACAACUGCAGAAAAUACAGAUAAAUAAGCGUGCAGAAAUAAGAAAAAUGUCUUGCGCGAAUUUAUAACCACCAGAAGAUCGUGCAACUAUAACGCUGAGCUGAGCUGCGCGCUCUCUCUUGAUAUCAGUCCAGUAGCACAGUACUCUACAGUCUCUCUGUCCAUCUUUCUCUCUCGUGUAUCUUCUACCCAUCUUCAUCAUACAUACAUAUAUGUGCAUACCUAUGUAUAUGUAUCUCUACUGCAUGCAUUCUUUGGAAUCAUUCUAUGUGGAUUAUCUUCAGUCGACAAUUGGAAUAUUUUUUACGUUAUACCUCAGUCUAUAACGCUAAAUAAAUAUCGUUUUCGCUUAUCGAAAAUAGAACAAAAUUCUGUACUCGAAUGCUGCCACCGAAUUGCAGAAACCGAAAAGAACAAAGCAACGCAAAAGGCAACACGAAUGGAAAUGGGAAGGUGCUGCUGCUAUACAACAACGCUCCAGAUGCACUCACACUCCGAUUCACAUUCACAUUCGCAUUCGCAUUCACCGAGGAGAAACUGACCAAAAGGCGAACAAACGUCGAACGAGAGAAGCAGAAAAGAACUACAGAAUAGAAGACGAACCGAUGUGAUACUUGAAACUAUAAAGAGCUAAAGCUAAAGCAUUGCAGCAAACGAUAUAUUAAGCAACGUAUUGAAAUUGACAAAGACUUGAGUGCUAAAAAGACUUGCCAAUAAAAAAAACAUAGAAGAAAGCCGCUCGGAAAAAAUGGAGCACCUCGAUCUGGCGGGUUAUCUGAGUAAUGCACCCACAACAUGGAACAGUUUGGGCAACAGUUUCGAGCAGCAAGAUGCCAUUUACUUGUCGAAUUCCCGACAAAUGCUGGAGCCCAUCAUAGAGGAGACCAGCGAGGAUGAGGAGCAUGCACAAAACAGUUGGAAUGGCUACCACGAGCAGCAGCAGCAGCAGCAUCGAGGCUCCACUGGCAAUUGCGGUGGUGGUGGUGGCGGCUUCUGGAGCUCCACAGAGUCCGAAACGGGUUCCGUAAUACGCAUCGAAGUGACAAAAGAUAUCGAUGCCAUUUCGGAAAGAGACUUUGCCUGCCCACCCAAGCGGCCCAGACGCUGCCAGGAGCCCGAACAGCCGCACAGUCUGGAGGAUGGUGUGCAAAUGCGACUGCAUCGCCGCUACGAUGCCGAAUCGCACAACAGUCUGGAGCGAUUCCUGGCCCUGGAGGCCUGUGCCCGGGAUAGCUAUGGCAGUCAGGGCCAGCGGAGCAGCACAGGCAGUCGUCGUGGCGGCAUCUUUGAUGAUUAUUACUCCGACAAUGAUUCGUUUCAUUCGCUGUCGCGCAGCUCCUCGCUGGUGCAAUUUGAGUCGCUGGAGCGGCAGCUGACGUUGUCGGAGCAACACCAGAGCAUGAACAGCCUGGGCAACAGUUCGCCAUCGCUGUUCAAUUGCGAAAUGGGUGGAGCCAGUGCCAGCGACAGUAAUCCCGAGAGCAGGCGGGGAUCGGCCAGCUCGCUGUCGCUGAUGAAACGCUACGAGUCCAGCGACGGGCGACUGCAUCAGACGUACUUUGAGCUCAACAAACUGAACUUUGAGGAGCAGCAGCGCGAACUGUUUGCAAAGAACCUGCUCCAGGCGGAAAUCAAAUCGGAUUCCGAGUCGAGCACCAGCUCCUCCAGCGACAGCAGCGGCCACAGUCUCCUCAGCUCCUGCCAGGGCAGCGGUGGGGUGGCCAGUGGCAAGCAGGAUGGUGCCGCCUCGCGACGUAUACCACUCAAUUCGGCGGAGAAUCUAUCGGAGGAUUCCGGCUACUGUGAGCCGAGCACAUUGCGACGCGAGAAAUCUAAAUCCAUACCAAAGAAUUUCGACAAGCUGUGCGAGGAGGAGGAGGAGCUGCUGCUGGAGGAGUCUGCAACCGUCGUGCCACAUUCCAAAAACUCCAAUGGCGGACAUGAUUUGUGUCAGACGAAAAUAGAGCAGACAACGACGGAGGCUACUACGCCGGCAGCAGCAGCAUCAGCAGCAGCAUCGCCAAUGGCUAUGUCUAUGCCUAUGCCCAUGCCCAUGCCUCUCUCUCCGUCCGAGUCUAUUAAUAGCAGCACGGAGAGAGCAUCGUCAGCGUCGCCAUCGCCACUACCAUCGCCACUGGCAUCGCCCAGCGGAUCAUCGGCAGCCUCAUCGUCGUCCGCCGCCUCGUUCACUUGGCUGCGCAACAGUUUGCCCGACAUACGCGAGCCGCGAGGUUCAUCGUCAUCGCCAACGUCCGCCAAUAGCCGCCAGCGCCACAUCAGUGCCGCCAACGAUCCCUCGUCGCCGUCGUCCAAGUAUUUCCCAGCGGAAAACGAUCUACACGGCUACGUGCUGGCCAGCAGCGGAAAUCCACGUUGCAGUCGGAGUAGCCGCAGCAGCAGCAGCAGCUCCAUCUCCUCCCCAGACUGCUCCCCAGUGCUUGGGGCCACCUCCCUGCCCAACGAGCUGCAGCAAUUGGGGCGCCGCAGAACGCGUACGCGCCACAAUCGUCCAGCGCCACGGAACUGCCACAGCAACAGCAGCGGUGGCAAUAGCUCCAGCGAGGAUUACGACUUGGAGCAGGAAGAGCGUCGCGACGACUUCUUUCUGGACUUUUGUCAGCUGCCAAGGAUACGCAGGAGCUGCAGCUGGAACGUGGGCAAGCGAGGACUGGGCGGAGGAGGAGGAGGUGCCUCAUCUUCUACUGCUGCGGCAGCAUCCACCGGCGCGGGUUACAUGAACGCCAGCUACCAGAACCUAACGCUUUUGGAUUACACGGAUACACAGCCAGAGGCGGCAGAUCUGCAGCGGAACUCCAAGAGAAGUCAGCCCACAGCAGAGCCCUUGGAGCGGCAACCCCUGGAAAUGUCCGAUAGGAGCAGUCAACCCCUGGAAAUGUCCAAUCGGAGCAGCCUUUCCGGCGGCGAUUACGAGCAGAUCAUCUGCAAGGGCAACUUCCUGUUGGACGAACUGAGCAAAAUCUACGACAAGAAUGUGUCCAUUCUGAAUGACAAACCAGCAGAAGCAGAAGCAGACACAGACACAGCGGAGGAUCAGGUGGAUUCCUCUCACAAGGCAGAGGAGGCAGAGGAGCCCCCACAGGUGCAGCAUGUCCAACUGACGAUAAGGAAGCCGCCGCCACGCCAGAAGAGAGUCGUUGCCGAGGCCAAUCCCACGCCCACGCCCACACAGAGAGCCAACCUGCCGCCCGCUGCUGUGUUGAGUUUCUCGAGUUUCGGCAAGACCUUCGAUCAGGAUCCCACGAAUCUGCGCACCUCCUAUGCCCAGUCGCUGGAGCAGUGCAAUUUCGAUGCCCACGAAGUGAGUCCCACGAAGGUGCCGCCACCGCGGGCGCUGCCCAAGAGACGCUUCCAAUCGCAGGCGGCGGCGGCCAAGCAAAAGAGUCUCGUCAGCAGCACACCCAAUCUCUCGGCCUACGACAACAGCAACGGGGAGACGGAGGAUGACAUCUAUGUGAGCAGUGCCCACACAUCGAUGCACCAGCUGCCACAGUCGGCGAAUCAACCCAAACCCUUGGGCAUACUCCUGCCUGCGGGCUCCCGCAACUCUUUCAGCAAGGAGGUGAGCUUCUGUCCGGUGGUCAGCAAGUACUGCUGGCAGGAGCAGUCCUCGGAAGAGCCACAGGAGGAUCCUGGACUCGGCAGCGACACUCCUGCGCACUCGGACGACGAUGAUGAGCUAAUGGACAAUGUGGACGCCACUGUAAUGCACAACACCAAAGAGAAUGAGAACAUAGCGGCGCGCUACAAUCAGGAGCAGCACAAAAGAGAAGCGCAGCCGCAAGAGAGUGUGCUGGUCGAGGUGAGCAUCGAGCUGGAAGAGCAAGCAACAGCAGAAGAGCGAGCAACAAGCGAAGAGCGGGCAACAGGCGAAGAGAGUUUAGCAGCGAUCGCAACCGCAGAGAGCGAUGGCGAAGAGAGCGAUGACAACAACGAAAACAUCGCAAACAUCGCAGCCGCAGCCGCUGCUGCCUCUGCUGCUGCUGCUGCUGCUGGCGUAGCCGAACUCGAUUCGGAGCCCCGACACGAGCCCGUUUCAAGCACUGCAUUCAUUCUCGAACCACAACGCGUCGCGCAACCAUCACAAUCGACAUCGACAGCGCCAUCGCCAUCGCACUCUUUGCCAUUCUCCGCCAGUCGUGAUACCGCGCCCCCUCAGCGUCCCCUAAGCCUACAUCUACCGAUCCUCAGUGAACCGCCCACCAACCGCGCCCACCACAUACUCUACGCCUCCCAACAGCUGCUGCAGCGCUACGACGUGGAGGAGCCGCACGAGCGCGAGGAUCGCCGCCAAAUGGCACCCGCCGCCAGUGGUACUGUGGAGUCCCAGUCCCCCACACAACAACAAAAGGGUGGAAAGUCGCCGGGCAAAACAGACGACAAGCAUCCGAGCUCCAAGAGUUUCCUCUCCAGAUUCGCCAAUGGCCUGCGCUUCUCCCUGAGACGCAAAAAGAAGCAACAACAACAGCAGCAGCAGCUCGAACAGAAGCCACCGCUGACAAAGGCAGCGCCGGUGAAGGCCUCGAAACAACAGAGCAAUGGAAAGUCGGCGGACUUUAUACACAUACCCCUGAAGCCGCCAAGGAGUGCAUCAGCCAAUGUCCAGACGACGCUGGACGACAGCAAUGCCUCGGAGGCCAGCACCGCGAGUGUGCACAGUGGUUCGACAUUGGCCAAGACAUCCACAUUGCAGAAGGUGGUCACCGGCAAGCCGCCGUUGCCCAAACAGCCGCCCAGAUUGACGCAUGCGCCUCCGCCAAUGGUGCCAGCAAUGGUGGCCAGUGCUACCCAUGCCUCGGAGGCUUUGUUGAGCGCCGAACGGGAACAGUAUCGCGAAUUUGCGGACCAGUUGUCGGCGGGCAUGCAAGCGGCGAGGAUGCGGGACACCGAGUCGCCCUCGCGGGCCACCGUUGCCCAAAAGACGCAAAUGUUCAAUCAGCUGGGAGCCGGUGCCGGUGCCGGUGCAGGAAUGCGCCCCACAAUGGUCACUGCCGUGCCCGUGCACGUAUCCCCCGUAAUGGAUGAGGAUGCUGAUGGAUCCGGUAAAAUGGGUCUGAUUGAGACGAAUCUGGACACACACGAGACGGUCAUCUCGGGCAAAACACGCUCCCUGAUGGACAUCACCUGCAAUCCGUUGAGCCAGCCCCACAAGCGGUAUCUGGUGAAGCGCCUGAAUGUGACCAGUGCCGCCUACGAUGUGGAUGUGGACGAUGACCUGCUCGAUGGGGAUGUGGUGGUCAAUGGACACCGCAUCAAAUCCUCGCCAGCUGCCGGCGGUGUACAGAUAGCAUCCGUUAGGAGACCGCACAAGAGCAUGGAGUUUCUGUUGGAUAAAGAGAAUCAAAGGAAUGUUUUGCCCCCUGAGAAUGAGCUACAGAAAUCGCACGAUCACAAUCCGGCCGCCCUGAGUGAGCAUCAGCUGCGUGUCCAGGCCUCGCUGCAGCGUUUGAAUAUACCCGAAUGGUUCCGUGCCUACAAUCAGAAUGCCGCACAGGCGCCGGAAGGUGCCGCCGCCGCUUCAGGGGGCGCCUCAGCCUCUGGCGGCGGCUAUCGGCCGGGCAAUUUCACGCGUAAGCGCACCCAGGACUCGGGCCGCUGGCAGGGACUCAACUCGAAGACGACCUCGCUCAGUUCGCUCGGCUCGCACUCGCAGCGCUCCGAUCGCAGUCCUCUGCUGUUGAGUCCCUCGGCGCACAGCCACCAUGGCGGCCAGAGCAGCAGUGUGAGCGGCGGCUCGGCAGCGGGCGGACCAGGCGUGCACGCCCAUGGCCAUCAGGGACAGCAGGGCGUGGGAGCGGGCGCCACACGGUGGUCCACAUCGCAUCUGAACUCCACACAGACCUCGCCGAGCGUCUCGCAGCGUGGCAGCUUCGCCCGUGGGGCGCCCAUCAACAGCAGCUUCAUGUCGGUGGCCAGCAACAACAGCAGCGUCCUGAGGAACUCCUACCGCCAGCCGUAUCUCGGCUGGAGAAGCACGGAGAAGCUAUCCCAGCGGACGCCACAUGAACGUCUCGCCAGCUCUCUGCUGGCACAACGCACAACCCCAUCCCCCACAUCGGCGGCGCCAAAUGGUGGACGCACUCUGCAGGCGGUAACGCCAGAGAUCCAGAGCUCCAUCAAGGAGGUCACCUCGGCGAUUGUCCACUACGUGAACGACCAGCAGCUCUCCCAGCAGCAACAGCAGCAGCAGCAGCAGAAUCGCAGCCGAUCCGCCAGUCCAAAUUCGAGGAAAUGCUGGCUUGAGAGCAGCUUUGUGGGCACACGACCACUGGACUCGCCGCAGACACCCGUGAUUGACAGCAGCCCCCCCGCAACAGUCCAGCAGCAGCAGCAGCAGCAGCAGUACCAGUACCAGCAGCAAUACCAACAGCAGCAGCAGCAGCAGCACUAUCUGCACCAGCAUUAUCCCCAUCUGGAUGCCACCUCGUCGUCGGUGGUAGCCGCUGGACAGCCGCCACUACGCAUGAACGGACUGAGCCGAAUCGGCGGCGGUGGCGCGCCCGAACGCUCCUUGAGCAGCGCAUCGCUAGAAGAUGUCCUUGCCUCGCUUCUAGGACUGCCAACAGCCUCCUCGUCCCAGAGCAGCCAUAACAGCAACAACCAUCAGAACAACAACAACAACAGAACACAAGCGAAUAACAAGGCAACCCCCACGUCGCAGACGACAGCGGGAGAUUCAGCUAGUCGCCAGCAGCUGGAGGUGCUAUCGGCUGACGAACAGCAGAGACUGCGGCGCCGCAGCGAGGGAGACGCACCCAGCCAGAAGAAACAGCAACAGACAUCACAGACCCAAGCACAGUCGCACAACCAAUCCCAAUCGCAGUCAGCCGGAGUAGGAUCAGCAGCAGGGGGAGCAGGAGUAGGAGCAGCAGGAACAGCACAUCAGCAUCAGCAAGCAACAAAUGCCAGCAGCGGGAGCAGGCGCGUCUCGUUGGGCGACUCCGCGAACACGGACAAGAACUGUGGAAGCGGUAGCCAGCUCAAUGGGGAUCCGGGACUGCAGAUCCGCUGCCGGAACACCAAAUGCGAGCAGAGCGCCUCGCCCGCCGAUGCCAAGAAGCUGUACAAAUCAUGCCACAAUUGUUCCCAUCUAUACUGUUCACGUGAGUGUCGGCGCGCCCACUGGGAGAAGCAUCGGAAGGCGUGCCUGCACUCGCGUGCCUCCAACCUGUGCCGCCAGGUGCUAGCCACCUGCAAGGACGACCUCGACACGCAGCGGCAUCUCAGUCUGCUGGCCCGCAAAGGUAGCAUCUCCCAAGGACGGGGCGUGGUGCGCGUCCUCUUCCGCAGCGCAGAGGCCGCCGAGGGAUUCAUCAAGAACGGCUUCCAGUGCAUGGGAGAGGCCUCCUACGUGCGUUGGCCGGACCUCAUGCCCGCCGAGAUGGGCCUGGAGCUGUAUUCGGAGCUGCUGAAGCUGAGCACCGAGUACAAGCCGGAGUCGAAGAUGCUGAUCUACGUGGCCAUCUGCGUGGUCUCCGAGGCGCCAGGAAUGGGACAAGCUCCCGUGCGCUGGGAACGGCAGCUGGUCUCGCGCUGUGCCAAGCUGAAGCUCUGCAAGAGUGUCCUGGCGGAGCUGGAGAUACAGCAGCAGGCCCUGCAGCAGCCGCUGGCCGUGGUAGCCGUGCCAGAACGCACUGAAAUCCUCAUACUCACCUUCAAUCCCGGACUGCGUGCAGUGCCCGGCAGUCGGGAGCUCAUCCUGUCCAACAUCCUGGACAUACUGUCGCGCCGAGGAGUGCUGCUGCGCAAGCACUACCCGGAGAUCUAUCAGCGCCUGCAGACCUACACCGAGGGCCAGACUGACAAGUUCCAUCCCGUGACGCUGCAUCCGCGGGACUCGCAAACGGGCCAGAGCUUCGUCUGCAUCAUCAUGCCGGUGCACACGGACAGCGAGUUCAUCAAGCUGCCCUCCGCAGCCGAUGGCGGCAAUCGGGUGACCACCAUCGAUGUCGGCUCGCCGGCAGCUCUCGCCCAGCUGGAUGAUGAUGAGCUGCUGACCCGCACCACGCCAGCGAGUUGAUUAAAGGCCAGCAGCAGCAGCAGCAGCAACAGGCCCAGGAGAAGUGGCAGCGUCACGCCUCCACACGCCUCAUUAUAUAGCGACGCCCAGGGGUGUGGCCUGGAGAGCACGCGGAUGUGAAAGUUGCUCCUACCCUCGAUGGCUUACAAGCGGCUUCUAUGCAUUGUUCUUUAAACUCUAUCUAUACAACAUACUUCUCAUCGAGGGCACUACAAUACAAUCACCUCCAUCUGCAUCUCAAAGAAGUUAUCCAAAUCAAUAUCUAAAGAACGUAUAAUCAUCCCAUCAAGAUGUUGUAGUGCCCUCGCCUAGUUAGUCGAGGUAUAUCAGUUAAUCUUCGAGUAGUUAGUGGGCGUGUCUGUACGAUGGCAUAGCCAGAAUCUCCAUACAUAUAUCAGUAGGGCCCUCCACUUGUUGUCUGAAACACCACAAAAAGCAUAUUCGUAUUUGUAUUCGUAUAAAUCCUCCGCCCCAAUCAAAUCAUAAAUACCAGCAGCAAGUUGGUCAACUCUCUUUUGAACUCUAUCUAUCGAUACCAAGCCAAGCUUUACUAAUAUCUACAUAAAAGAUACAUCAUAUAUCUGAGCUUAUGGGAGCGACAUUCAGCAUUCAGUUAUCUAGCAUUUGAGCCACAAACAAGGAGAUCUAACCCCCCACUUACAAUACAUACAAAGGUAUAUCCUGCAGCUUCCAAUUAAAAACACACUCCAAGUAAUGCUACUUUAUAUGUGACGUACAUUCAUGAUCGUAAAUAAGAGAAGUAACCCACUCCCCCAAGAAUAAGCAAAGAAUUUCCUACUAAGCUGCAGCGCAACCUCACUUUUUAUAAAGCAAUUCAAACGGAAUAUCACACUAACUAACUAACUAACUAAAUAAAUAACUAACUAUAAUUGUCGGACAUAUUCUAUGUGUUAAUCCAAUGUGAGCAACAAAUCUUGCUUAUGGCCUUAUUUAAAGUUUGUUAAAUUUGUUUAGUCCCCCCAAAAACAAAACAAAAAAAAAAAGAGAAACAAAAUCAUUUUGUAGCUUUUCGAAUUAGGUUUUAAUGAUUUGUGUGUAAGUGAUUGGAUUGAGAGCAAAUAUAGGUUAGCUAAAAUAUAUAUGUAUUUAUAUGUACUUGUAUUAGUUAAAGUUCUGUACCAAAAAACUCGAGAUGAAAAUCAAAACCAAUACCAAUGUCAGAUGAUUUUGAAUUUCGCAUUUAGCUAACAUAAAUAUUUAGAUUGAUUAAUUACCCCUCCCUCCUUUCCGCUAGUUCAAGCUGCUUAACUAAACGUCAGACUAUAAGUGCAUACCACAAACACUACAUUUUUGUGUAAAUAAUACUAAGCAAACAUGUAUUUGAUAACCCACAACAAACAUACUACACAAUUUACGACUAUAUAUCACUUGGUCCUGAGAACAGGUUUGCAGAUUUCAUUGGUUCUCGCAGAAAUAAAACAAAGUUGUUUAGUAUGUAUCUAAGAAGGACUUGACAAAACAAUAAAUAAAAUGCAUUCAAACUAAUACA